AUGGCCACAUCUCCAAAGCUCUCUCUUAACUCUGGUUCCAAGCUUCCGGAUCCGACCAUGUAUAGAAGUGUUGUUGGUAGUUUACAAUAUCUUGCUUUUACAUGCCCAGAUAUCUCCUAUUCAGUGAAUCGCUUAUCCCAAUACAUGCAUAUGCCCACGGAUGAGCACUGGAAGGCGGCCAAGCGGAUACUCAGAUAUUUGAAUGGUACAUCUUCACAUGAUUGGGCUGGAGAUACUGAUGAUUUUGUCUUUACAAAUGCAUAUAUCGUUUAUCUUGGUUACAAUCCUAUGUCAUGGACGUCUAAGAAACAGCGAGGUGUCGUUCGUUCUUCUACCGAAGCUGAAUAUAGGUCAGUUUCUAACACGUCCUCUGAAGUUAUGUGGGUUUGUUCUUUGUUACGGGAGCUUGGUGUUUCAUUACCUCAAAUACCUACAAGAGACACACAAGUUUUAACGAGGUUCAGCAAAUACUUUGUUGCAAAUACUUCUUGA